AUGAUAAUAUAUAUGAAGUGCAUUAAUGCUAUUAAAACGUUUUUCAAAACUCUCCACUUUUUGGAGACUUGUGGAUUUUGGUGAGUAGCAAUUAAAUGGUAUGGUAACUUUUAUAAUUAAGUAUUUUGUAGAUUUUGAAACUCUCUACAGGUUUUGGAGACUUUCAAAAAUAACUUUUACUUAACAGAUCAAAAAUAUCAAGUUUCCAAACAAAUGUUUAAUUAUUUUUUCUUUUAUUAAAUGUGUAUGUCUGUAUUUGUCUUAAUAUAUAUUUUUAUAAUUGAACGUACAAACAGGGCUCUACAAACUGGAGACUUUUGCAACUUUUCGAAACUGAGAAAUACUUUUAAAACAUUUCAUAAUACAAUUUUACAUUAAAUUAUGUGAAUUGUAGACUUUAAAAAUCUCUACUCUUUUGGAGACUUUGAAACAUUUGUUUUAUUAAACUUUUUUUGGUAGUAUGUGAAGGUAUGUUCAAAUUUUGGAGAUGUAUUUCUAAAAUUAAGCUUAAAAACAAAUUUUGAAGUUUUUUCUAUACAUAAUUUACAUAAUGUAUGUAAGUAACCCAAUUACAUACAUAAAUUAUUUCAUUCCCAUACGGCAAAAUAUGUUUACAUAUGCACUCCUUUCUCAAUUACACGAAAUUGACGCAGCUGACAUAUUUAUUAUGCAAUUUAAAGGCAACCAAAUGUUUAGUAUUUUACUAUUGCUAAUUUAUGCCAAAAUUAUUUAGCUGAAGAAGAAUGUACGUCUGUAUAUAAAAACAAAAAGUCAAUUUUUAAUUCGCCUAGACUAAAAUAAAAACGGAAAUAAAUAAUUUAUAUGCAUGCUAUUGGAAUUAUACCUAAAUAAAGACCAACGAAGUUGAAUAUUACACUUGAACGUGAACCUUCGUACUUUCAAAAAAGCAAAAGCAAUACAAUUUUAUCAGAGAUAAUGUAAAAUAUAAAAUGCAAAUAUUUCGAAACGUACGUUGUACGCUUGAUUCGGGGUUCGGCAAUUACUUUAUUCGAAGCUUGAGGGAUAGUACUGGUAGAGAGCUCCAAGUGCGUGGUAGUAAGCAGCAAGGAAAGGAAAAAUACAAAGUAAAAAACGAAUAAGGAUACCAAAAAGUAUUUCAAGUUGCCACAGGAGCAUAGUUAGUAAGCAUUUUAGGAAUUUUAGACAAGUCUUCGGAAAAGUGGGGAGAUAAUACAAUAUUUCAAAAUGAUACACGAAUUCUACAAGGAUACGGAGAUAUUUGUGACUGGCGGCUCGGGCGCCGUUGGCAAAGCUUUGAUUGAGAAAUUGUUACGCUCCUGCGAUGUGCGAAAAGUCUACAUACUGUUGCGUACCAAGAAGAAUCUCAGUGUGGAGCAACGUUUAGAGAAACUAAAGCAGGCGAAGAUCUUCAAAGUAUUGCACGCCACGAAGCCACAUAUAUUCGAGCGGCUGAUACCGAUACCAGGCGAUGCAGCAUUACCGAAAUUGGGUAUUUCAGCAGAACAUAUUGCUCUAAUGUCUAACGUUUCGGUCGUUUUUCAUUGCGCGGCGACUGUGCGCUUUGAUGAACCGUUACCCGUUGCUUUGAAGCUAAAUGUGGGCGCCACUUAUGAGGCUUUGCUGUUCGCUGAGCAGCUGAAGAACUUGAAAAUGUUCAUGCAUGUCUCAACGUUCUACAGCAAUCCCUACUUGAAGCGCGUCGAACCGAAGCUUUACGAUUCACCGUUAGAUUGGCGUAUGUGCUUGAAACUCUUGCAGGAUGAUAGCAAGCGAGAUACUUUGGAUUAUUUAACAAAGAAGCUUACAGUUGGCUUCCCGAACACUUACACUUUCACGAAGAAUCUCGCCGAGAGUGUGGUCAAUGACUUUCGCGAACGUUUGCCGGUUGCUAUAUAUAGACCGUCUAUAGUGCUUCAUGCCCUCUCCGAACCCAUACCCGGUUAUCCACCGACCUUGAUGGGUGCUAUGGGUCUCUUCGUACUCGUUGGCGCUGGCAUACUAAAAACAGUCUUCUUAUCGUUUUCAACACGUUUUGACAUCACACCACAAGAUAUCGGCAUCAAAACAAUGCUGUACUAUGCCGCACGCGCCGGCAACGAAUAUGCGCAGAAAAAAACAAUUGCUGAAGCGCCCAUUUAUAUGUCCUCAUCAUCGAAACUGUCAAGUCACACCUUCUUUCAGAUGUGCCAGGUUAUGGAAGGUGGCCUGUGGUAUGAGGCGGCGUUUGAAAAGAAUUUCAUGUUGCCCACUUGUCAUUACACGGAUAGUCGUUUUGUCUACAAAUUUUUGGUAUUCACCAAGCAAAUACUGCCUGCUUUGCUGGCGGACGGUCUAAUCAUGCUUACUGGACGCAAACCGGUACUUAUGGGUAUUGUACGUAAGGCGUAUAUCUCUUUAGAGGUUAUGAAACCAUUUCUCUUCAACACCUACGAUAGUCCGGGCAUGACACAUAUAGAAGAGAUGACGGAGGCAACGAAGGGCACCGAAUUCGAUCUUUUGCCCGAUAUCACGCGUGCCAAAACCGACGAGGGACUUCUUGACAUUUGUACUACUAUGAUUUUUUCGAUUCGUGAACACUUGCUCAAUGAGAAUCCAAAUACCAUUCCGAUUGCGCAGAAGAGAUUGAGAAUCAAGCGUUGGGUAUAUAAUAUUCUGCGUGCAAUUAUAGUCUACUACAUUUUGCGAUGGCUUUAUGGCUUUUUGCUCAAUUAUAUUGAAGGACCUACUGCACAAUAAGUAUUUGACAUCAGUUACUAAAGUAUCUAAAGACUCUUGCGUACUUGUAUAACAUACAUUAACUUAUAUAUGACUUUUGGAAUCAUUUUUACCUCUAUGAAGACUAAAUUUUAUAUUUUUUGGGGUGUUUGCAUCUCGUUAUUGAUUUCUUUUAGUGCAAAUUACUUUAUUAUUAAAAGAUUAAAUUUUGUAAAAAAAAGUCUUAAAUUUAUAGUUAUAAAAUUUUCGUAAUAAUUAGUAAAUAAUUGUUUUCUAAAUGACUUAUGAGGAAUGAUUUUUAUAGCACUGCUG